AUGGAAGAGCUGACCUACAUGUUUCUCGGCUCGCCGUCGAUCGAGGGCGAGCUGGAGCCGGAGGCCGCAUCGCCGGCCAGUCGUCACGGUGCCCAAAGCAGUCACGAAGGCAACCAUCGACGGUCUGCAUCAGCAGCAGACGCAUCCCCGGCAUCAGCCACGAGGCACGCACGGUCGCCGUCACGCCCGCCCGAGACGCCCAAGAAGCGACGCGGCAUCCGCGGCUUUCUCAGCAGGGCCAACCUGCAGGAUCCGCUGCUGGACAAGCUGUUCCAGCAGGUGAUCCCGAUCGACAAUCUCAACGGCGAUGAGGCGGCCGAUGCAGACGGCCAGCAGCCAGGCACGGACGAUGCCGGCGCGCCAGAGGAUGUGGGCGACGAUCUCGAUGACAUCGACGGCGGCAGUCCGGCCAAGAAGCCGCGGCCCGGCUUCAGCGUCGCCAUCAUGUCGGCCAACUUCCGGCGCUUCAACGCACGCAUCGGCGUCGUGUUCCGCUUCCAGAAGCGGGUUGAACGUCUGCUGGCGUGGCGUCGGGCCUCGCACACGCUCGCCCUGCUGGGCGUCUACUCGCUCGUCUGCCUCAACCCGUACCUGCUGACGAUGCUGCCGCCGGCCAUCUUCCUGCUGGCCGUCCUGAUCCCGGCCUUUGUGGCUCGGCAUCCGGGAGGGACCAGCGGCCCAUCUGCACCGUCUUCGCAGUCAGCAGCAGCAGCCAAUACUCCCGACUAUACGCCUUAUGCCCGUGGUCCACCGCUGGCGCCGCCGCGCACCGUCAAGCCCGUCAAGGAGCUCAGCCGCGACUUCUUCCGCAAUAUGGGCGACCUGCAGAACAGCAUGGAGGACUUUAGCGUGGCCCACGAUCAGGUCGUCCAGCUGGUCGUGCCGGCCACCAACUUCUCCGAUGAGGCCUUCUCGUCCGCCCUCUUCGUCGCCCUCUGUGCUGCUGCCUCGCUGCUCUCGGUUGCUGCUCAUCUGCUGCCUUGGCGUCUGCUCUUCCUCUCCGGUGGCUGGCUGGCUGUCGGUAGUGGUCAUCCGGCCGUUGCUCGUGCCCUGCGGCUCUGGAGCCGGAAGACGAGGAGUGACAAUGGUACAGGCAAUGCUGCCACUAGUACUGCUACAACUACUACCAACACUACCAAUACAAAAGAUGCCACCAUAUCUACUCCCACCUCCACCCCUAUCUCUACCACUGCUUCUCUCUGGAAUGCCUGGGUCGCCGCCGACAUCAUCUUGGACGAGCCGCCCGAGGCCCGCGAGGUCGAGAUCUUUGAGCUGCAGCGCCGGUCUGCCGCUGCCGCUGCCGAGUGGGAGCCCUGGCUGUUCAGCCCCAGCCCCUACGACCCGCUCUCGCAACCGCGCCUGUCGCUCUAUGCCCGGCCUACCGGCUCCCGCUUUUUCGAGGACGUCCUCCCGCCGCCCGGUUGGGAGUGGAGCGAGAAGAAGUGGGCGCUCGACCUCUGGAGCCGCGAAUGGGUCGAAGACCGUAUCAUCACCGGCGUCGAGGUUGAGACCGAGGGCGAGCGCUGGGUCUACGACAUCUACAGCGAUCAAGAGCAGCAGCAACAGGCUCAGGCUGCUGCCCAGGCUGCCACCGACGCUGGCCUCGCCUUUGGCGACAGCGACUUUGACGCCAACGACUCUGUCCUGCGCCCGGUCGGCGCCGCUGCUGCUGCCGCGUCCGCGUCCGCUUUUCGCCCGCAGAUCGGCCCUAUCUGGGAGGAGGGUGAAGAGGGCAUGGGCCGCCGCGGUGAGUGGCGUCGUCGUCGCUGGGUGCGCACUGUCAAGCGGAAGAAGAUCACGGCCUCGUCGUGA